UAAGUCUGCCUGGCUUUCGGCCAGAAGAAGGCGUUGGCCAUUCUUAGUUCUAUAGUUAAGUGCUGUGGAGUACGCUUCUUGGCAUCUCGAGCGGGAAAGCACGUUUUAUACAGUAAAAUGGCUGCGAGUUUCGAUCCAUACGAUAAAAACAGUUGGUAUUUUGGACCAAUGACCAGACAAGAAGCAACAGAUCUUUUAAUGGCAGAAAAAGAGGCAGGUGUAUUUCUUGUACGGAAUAGUACAACCAUACAAGGAGAUUUGGUUUUAUGUGUUAGGGAAGAUAGUAAAGUUAGUCACUACAUAAUUAAUCGAAUCCAACAAGGGGAGCAGACAAGGUUUAGAAUUGGUGAUCAAAUGUUUCCUGAUAUACCCUCAUUGCUCAGUUUUUAUAAAUUGCAUUAUUUGGAUACAACACCUUUAAUAAAACCAGCUACAAAAAGAGUUGAAAAAGUUAGAGCAAAAUAUGAUUUUGAAGGAAGUGGUGAUCCUGAUGAUUUGCCAUUCAAAAAAGGAGAGAUAUUAACUGUUAUAUCUAAAGAUGAGGAACAAUGGUGGACAGUCCGGAAUAGUUUGGGACAAACAGGUUCUAUUCCGGUGCCAUAUGUUGAAAAGUUUGAUGAUAGUCAAACUCUUCUUACUGAUGGACAACCCUGGCAAGGACCACAAUCUCCUGUACAGUCAGCAUCUAGUCAAAGUUCACAGAAUAGUCGACCACCUACUGAUCCAAUAAAAUAUAAUACACCAACAAAUAUUCAGAGAAAACUUCCAGCACUAGCAAGGGUGAAGCAAGCUCGAGUACCCAAUGCAUAUGACAAAACAGCAUUAAAAUUAGAGGUAGGCGAUGUAAUUAAAGUGACAAAAAUGAAUAUUAAUGGUCAGUGGGAAGGUGAGUUAAGAGGGAAAGUAGGUCAUUUUCCUUUUACGCAUGUAGAGUUUGUCGAUUCAGAUAAUCCUGAAGAGGAAGAACCUUAAUGUCUUAAUACUGAAGACUGUGAACUAAGUGAAAUCACUUUUCCUAGCUGUCGUGUACAUAAAUAAAAGAAAAAAAACAGUUAAUGUUGUGUGACAUCAACAGAAGAUAAACUGCUUGCUAGACUAAAUGUAAUGUAGAACAGACAUCCUUCCCUGCUACUUCAAUUUGUGCAAUUCUACAUCACUGGUGGAAGUUUGCCCAUCAUAUAAUAUCCAGUUUUUGUGAUAUAUUCAACAACCUAUAUUAGGGUUCUUUUUCUACAGGUGUUGCCUUAGUCUUUUCCAGCUGUUGUAUAGAACUACUGUACUACAUCCAAAAGGCCUUAUAUUCUCUUUGUGGUUUCUGUGCAUUAUGCAAAUAGUAUCUCUGAGCCUAGAUUAUAAUCUGUCAUUAAACAGUUUCACUAAAGACAGAUAUAAACUGGACUGAUAUAAUUUAUCUCCAUCACCAUAUAUUCUCAUUGAAACAAUUACUUGUGCAGGGAGUACAGAAUGACUGUGAAAGAUGUCUGCAAGCUUUUUGGCAACAUUAUAAAAAUGUUUGCUAGAAUCUACAAUGAUGAAUUUCUUUCUUUGUAUUGUAGUAAGUUAGUGUGAAUGUGAUUAUAUGAUGUCUGAAAUUUUGUGAACAAAAGAAUAAAGAUAAUGAAUGAUUCUUUGCAAAAUUGUAUAUCUCGCUGGAUAAGGUUAAAUAUAAAGGCAGCUUCAAAAAUGAUCAAGUUCUGUUAUUUAUUCUUUUGAAGCUUCAUUAUCUUUCUCCAGAAAUGUAUUUGGAGAUUUUCAAUCUUAUUUAGCAUGAAAUGUAAACGUUUUAGUAUUUCAUUAAAAAAAUGUAAAAUAAGAAUUUAA